AUGACAUCGAAUGGCUCUUACAAUCGAAAUGACGUUUACCAAGGCUCCUAUGGACGCUCAAAUUAUUCUUAUGGGGAAACAAACCCGAUCCCCAUGCAUACAAACCAAGCUCCACCACCAUACAGUGAAUUUUUUCAAGAACCACCAUUGCAAUAUUCGCCACAUAACUAUCCCUAUAUUCAGCAAGCUUUACCUCCAACACAAAUGGCCAACUAUAACUUUCUUCAUGUGCCUCCUGCGCACCCCAAUUUUCAAAAUUUUCACCAAACGUUUAAUGUAACACCCACGCAACACUACUAUUCUCAAAACAACCAACCACAUUACAUUCAGCAACGACAUUACACUCAACAACCGCAAUACCUUCGGCAAUCUUUUGUUCGACAGCCUUUUACUCGACAACACUUUAAUCCAUAUGCUAGUCCAUCACGUGAAUAUAACAAUCGUUUUCAAGGUCGGGGCCGUGGAAAUUUCCGCAAUAAUCGUCACGUUCAAUCUCGUCGUGGGCGCACAAUCGACCUUCAUUCGGUCUCAGGCGGGAGAGGAAAUUUCAAUAGAUUCGGGAGACGCUCGCGACAGCAAAGACAACCAAUUCGUUCACGAAUGAACAAACCCGACAUCUAUAUCACCAAUGCUGAGAAUGUUUCAGAAAAGAUAGAUUUAUCAUCCAUUGAUUUUUUUUCUACCGAAGGAAAAGAAAAUAAGUAUCAGUACCAUCGUUCAGAUACAAUUAUCUUUUACCCAGUUCACGCAGUCUCCAUACGGGAAAAUCGAUCUGAAGGUCGUAUUUGUGUGAAGAAGAAACAAACAGGCUCCUCAGAACCGCCUAGAAGAAUGUGUGAAAAUUGUGAGCGCAUUGAAACCGGAAGGAAAUGGUGCAGCUGUUAUAAAGCAAUUUUUGAAAGAAAUUUUAUAAAUUGGUCAAGUGGAUAUGAAAAUAUUGAUCAUUUUCUUCGCAAAGCACAACAAGAAGCGAAUAGCGUGUGUGAAUUACUGGAGUGGAUCCCCUAUAACAGGUUGAGGAACAUUCUUUUCGUUAAAAAAGGAGGAUUUGGCGCUGUUUAUUCUGGAAUUUGGUGUGAUGGAAGAAUUCAGAGAUGGGAUGGCAAUUCGGGAGACUGGCAAAGAUACGGAGAAGAAAAGGUGGCAUUGAAAAGCUUGAAAAUCUCUGAAGACAUUUCUAAUAAAUUUUUGUCCGAGUUGGAGAAAUACUACAUUUGCACCAAGAAGGUUUCCCACGUACUUCGAAGCUUCGGUAUAACCAAAAACCCGAAAAAUAAUGAACUAUACAUGGUCAUGGAAUGGGCCGAAAAUGGUAAUCUCCAAGAGUAUCUGCAAAAGAAUGGCCGCAUGAAUGGUCGUAGGAUGACUUGGAUCAACAAAUUGAAUUUACUCGACAGCAUAGCAAAUGGACUUGAAACCAUCCAUAGGGAAAAACUAACCCAUGGAGACCUUCACAGUGGGAAUAUAUUAAUUAACCGCGAAGGAAUCGGUUGGUCUACUAGGGAUGACAGGAUCUCAUUGAAUAAUCGAGAGGGUUGCGAUCUAGCGUUGACGUCCCCGUCGUGCAACCCGGGUGUCGUUUUUUUCGAACGAUAG